CACUGUGUUUGCGCGCUGCGCCUCCGUCCAUCCAGAGUUGCGUCCCGACGGCCCCCCGGCGGGAAGGGAAGACAAACGGGCCACACGAAGAAGUCAGCGUCCCUCUGUAAUCCCUAUAAAUAAGACUCUGAAACAAUGGAUGACUGAAAAAUAAGAAAUAUUGACUGAAUUACUCAGAGGAACAUUUGUUAAAUCCGCUUCAUGCGUCGGGUCCUUUUUCUUGGCUAACAGAAGAAACCUUCAGUCCGGAUUUUUCAUUUGCUGAGGAUUGUAUAUUUCUUUUUGAUAUAUAUAGAUUUUUUUUUAUAUAAAACCCAGCUUUAGAUAUUUUUUCUGUUCUCUGAAGACUUGUGUUGGGGAUGUUGAGCUCUGUGAAGAUGGAAGCGCACGAUUUACCAGAUUGGAAUACCUAUUAUAGCGAGGCCAGCGAGAUGUAUUCCUCUCCCAGCACCAUGAACUCUGGUCUGGGCUCCAUGAGCUCCAUGGGCUCCAUCAACAGCUACAUCAACCUGAACCCAGCCACGGCCUCACCAGCAGGCAUGAACAUGGCGUAUCCUAGCUCCAGCCUCGGCAGCUCUUCUCUGGCUACAAUGGGCACUGGGCCCAGUCACAUGUCUCUGUCCCCAGUGGCGUCUUCCCUCAGCUCGAGCACCCUAACUCAACUGGGCUCCACUGCUCCUGCCUCUCUGGGCUCUUUGUCCCACUACCAGAACAUGAGCCAGUCCAUGAGUCAGCUUGGAUACACUGCUGCUGGCUCCCUGAGCCGGGCCGGGCCCAAGGAGGUCCCUCCAAAGCCCUACCGACGCUCCCUGACCCAUGCCAAGCCGCCGUACUCCUACAUCUCACUCAUCACCAUGGCCAUCCAACAGAGCAGCAGCAAGAUGCUCACCCUGAAUGAGAUCUACCAGUGGAUCAUGGACCUGUUCCCGUACUACCGCGAGAACCAGCAGCGCUGGCAGAACUCUAUCCGCCACUCGCUCUCCUUCAAUGACUGCUUCGUGAAGGUGGCCCGUUCGCCGGACAAGCCAGGCAAAGGCUCCUACUGGACUCUUCACCCGCAGUCGGGCAACAUGUUUGAGAACGGCUGCUUCCUGAGGCGCCAGAAACGCUUCAAGAUCGAGGACAAGGCAUCCAAAAAGGGAGCCAAGAACCAGGAGGGGGGCUCGGGGAAAGGAGGCCAUGGCGGACACCAUCUGGGGGAGGAUCACAGCCCCACAGGUGGGUCAGAGGGAGCGGACUCCGCCCACUCAGACAACUCCCAUCCAAGCUCUUCAGAUGACCAGCCUCAUCACAGAAACACCUUGGUUUCUCUAGACUGCCCUCAACUGUCCUCCUCACACCUCCACAGCCCAGCUGCCUCCCUGCCUCCUUCCUCCUCCACCUCAUCCUCCAUCCCACCAUCCUCCCUGUCCCUCUCCGGCACCUCCCCCUCCUCCAGCUCUCUCCUUCACUCCCAAUCCUUAGCCAGCAGCUCCCACCUCCUGCCUAGCGCCAUGCAGCCGCACAUGGACCUACACAGCGACGCCCUCAAGUCGUUGGACCCCCACUACAACUUCAACCACCCCUUCUCCAUCACCAACCUCAUGUCCAACGAGCAGAAGAUGGACCUGAAGUCUUACCAGGACCAGGUGAUGGCCUACACCGGCUACACCAGCAGUUCGCCGGUAGGAGUGAAGCAGAUCUAUGACAGCCCCAGCCCGGCUGCCAUGGACUCUGGAGCUUACUACCAACCACUGUACAGCCGUUCGGUGCUCAACGCCUCCUAAUAUGGACAAACACACACAAACCUUUCUGCUGAGGUGAGCCAAGAUGGAGGCUUCUGUUUCUAAAAUGGACACUGAAGCUCUAGUUCUCUUCCUCUUUCCUUCGCUCUCUUUGGCUCACAUUCAGUCGUCUUCACAGGACUUUCACCUGAAACGGCUGCUGCUGUGUCUGAGGGGCCAAAAAACUGUUUGCUUUUAUCAAAGAAGGAGACUGUGUAGUUACAGUAGAACUGGACGGUGAGACUUUCUAAGUGAUCAAGAAGAUGCAUCUGUGUGUAAGUCAGAUUCUGUCUUUGCAGGGUGAAAAUUAAACCUGUAUACAAUGUAAAUAGAUGUGCAGGGGGUGGAGGAGGAGGUAUGCAUUUAUUUAUGAAGGGAAUAAAUUUUAAUAUAUCUUCUGAAGGCCGGCCGGUUACAACUCAAAUUGCAAUUUUGUUUUGUAGAGUUUGAGUUUCAGGUUACUGCUUCAGGCAACAGGAGACAGUUCAGCUUUGUGUUACAGCAACUUUGGUCAUUUUUUUUUAAUUUUUUUAAAUGGUUCUGUCACUUCUGUCACAUCCAGACAUGCAAAAAAAAUGCAACAAACUCUGAAUCUCUGACAGAAUGAUUUCAAAGCAACUGUGGUAAAAAAAAAAAAAAAAAAAAAAAAAAAAAGAACAAAAAAAGAAAUAUAAAGUUGUUUUCAUUGCCCAAAUCCUUCUGUUAUUCCAUAUAUGGCAGCCAUUAAAGUGAACAGGUUUCUGCAGACUGGAGCUUUUUGAAGAGAAGUUCAGUCAGUUACCAAAACUUUGACAAAAGGGAGGGAGAAAUGCACUAUGAGGAGGAUUUACAUACAGUACUUUGCACUCUGGAGCUCCCACAGACCAGGUAUGCUGAUAGCGUGUGUGUGUUUGUGUGUGUGUUACAACAAUGCUUAGGAAAGCCCCCCUUACGCUGUCAAUGUAUCGGCUCAGGGGGGUGUCAAGUGACCCACCAGUGUCCGAAAGUGCCUUUUCUCCAAACGCCUGCUGAUCUGAUAACAGAUCGAUGUGUCGACAAUCUGCUGAAGGAUUUUUCUGAUAAAGUGCAGGAGUUUCAGGUCACAUGAUGUCCUUUGUGGAACAUGAUUUAGUUUCGAAGAGAAAUGUCUUUUAUUUAAGCUAUGUCGCUUUUCAAACUCUGAAAGUGUGCUGAUAUAAUAUAUAUUUUGUUUUCUUGUUGUUGUUGUUGGUUUUACAUGUGAUUAAAAUGAUUCAUGUUUCAUUUUUCUUAUUAAAAACGGAAAAAAUGUGGGGAAGAAA